AUGAUCCCUCCGUCGACUCUCCUGUUCUUCUUCUUGGCCCUGGCACUUGUAGCCAGUCCAGCAACUGUUACUUACGACUGGAAUGUGAUGUGGGUAUGGGCUGCCCCCGAUGGCUUUGGGCGACCGGUAAUCGGGAUCAAUGGGCAGUGGCCAUGCCCCCCCAUAGAAGCCACGGUUGGGGACACCGUCGUUAUCAAUCUUUUGAACCUGCUCGGCAACCAGACGACCGGCCUCCACUUCCACGGCAUCAACCAGGUCCAGACGGCGGACAUGGACGGCCCGAGCGGUACCACCCAGUGUUCCGUGCCUCCGGACAUGGGCCUCAAGUACCAGUUUACCGUUGACGAGGCUGGCACUUAUUGGUAUCACUCGCACGACAUGGGCCAGUACCCCGAUGGUUUGCGCGGACCCUUUAUUGUUCAUGACCCGGUCGACCCGUUCGAGGGCUCUUAUGACGAGGAGCACAUCUUGAGCAUUUCGGACUGGUAUCACAACGACAGUAUCACCUUGGUCAGAAACAUGCUCAACCCCUCUAACACUGACUUCCGGCCCCCCCUCCCGGAUAGUCUCAUUGUCAACGAAGGCCAGGGCUUCGAGCUCAAUGUCACCAAGGGCAAGACGUACCGCAUCCGCAUAAUCAACUAUGCCGCCUUUGCCGCUGCCAUGGUCCACUUCGAUUCGCACACCAUGGGCAUCAUCACGAACGACGCCGCUUACAUCAAGAAAGAAAAAGCUUACCAUCUGCGGAUCGGCCCUGCCCAGCGGCACGACAUCUUGAUCUCGGUGGGCGAUCGGGAUGCCGGGAACUACCCCUUUUUGGUCGCGCUCGACGUGAACCGCGACUGGACUAACUCCACCGAAACCAUGUCCUGGCCACUCAACUACACGGGACAUCUCGUGCUGGACCCCUCGCUGCCGCUCCCGGCCGCCCAAGUCGUGGACAGGUGGCUGCCGCCCGACGACGCCCUCUUCAAGCCUUACGAAGACAUCGCGGCCUACAGCCCGUACGACAAGCUGAUCACGCUGGACUUCCGCUUCUGUCUGGACCAAAACGGGUAUCCUCGCUCCUGCUUCAACAACCUGACUUACAUCACCCAAAAGGUCCCAACCCUCUACAGCGCGGCCACGACCAACGACUCCAACACAAACCCAAUCGUCUACGGCCAGGUCAACCCGUUCAUCAUCGAUUACGGCAUCACGGUCCAGAUCGUCAUCAACAACCUCGACAGCGCCAGCCACCCGUUCCACCUGCACGGGCACCAGUUCCAAGUCCUCUACCGCGGCGCCAGCGGGUCCGGGCCAUGGCGGGGCGACGACGGCCUGGACUACUCCGUCUUCCCGCCCUGGCGCGACGUCGUGACCGUCAUGCCCGACUCGUUCGCGGUGCUGCGCUUCCGCGCCCACAACCCGGGCGUCUGGCUGUUCCACUGCCACAUCGAGUGGCAUGUCGAGAUGGGUCUGACAGCGACCGUCAUCGAAGCGCCCGAUCGCCUGCGCGGCAUGACCUUCCCCGCCGACCACAUCGAGGCCUGCCGCCGCAUGGGCAUCCCCUACCGCGGCAACGCCGCCGGCAACACGCACAACUUCACGGAUACUACGGGCUUCCGCUUGGUGCCGCCUACCACGUACAACGGCGCGUUGUACUUGCCUGAUGAUACCUAA